AUAUUGAAUAUUGCGUUGUAGCGGGUAGAUGUUAAAUACAGUUUGAGUCUUGAAUAUAUCAAAAACGUUCCUUUUGUAUUAGGGGUAAUAACUAAGCAAGACGUGUUCGUGCUUUAGGGUUUUCGUUCCUGUUCCCCCUUUGAUAAUGUCUACUAGUCCACGUUCAUGUCCAAGCAUUUGAAUUCAGCUGUGUUGCGGUCAUAUUUAAAGCUUGACAACAUGACUAUGCAGCUCACUGCUCCCCUCACCUCCAAGGGCGUGAGAGUAAUGGGUCAAACGCAAAGGACGACCCCAAAAGGGAAUAGGCGGUUGUCUGCUGCCACCAUGCCAUACCUUGGCAACGAGGACAUGGUGAAGGACCUGAGGAGAGCUCUGUCCAACCCUCACGUCCAGUCGGAUCACUUGCGUUACAGGAACGCCAUCCUCAAAGUGAUUAAGCUGAUGUCGCAAGGCGUGGAUGUGUCCAACCUGUUCAGCGAGAUGGUCAAAGCGUGUGCCACAGUUGACGUGGUCCAGAAGAAGCUGGUCUACGUCUUCCUGUGCUCCUAUGCCGCGUUGAACCCAGAACUGUCGCUGCUGGUCAUCAACACACUGAGGAAAGACUGCCAGGAUCCAAACCCCAUGGUGCGCAGCUUGGCAUUGAGGAACAUGACCAACCUGAGGUUACCCGGUCUGGUGGAGUAUGUGGAGCAGCCUUUGUCAGCGGGACUGAGGGACAGAGCUGCCUGCGUGCGACGGGUUGCUGUGCUCGGCUGGGCCAAACUACACAAUCUCCAACCCAAUUCUGAGACAGAUGCCUCAGUGGUGAAUGAGCUUUAUGGCCUUCUGAGAGACCCGGAUCCCAUAGUGAUGGUGAACUGCCUUCGAGCUCUGGAGGAGAUCCUUAAGGAGGAAGGCGGGGUCACCAUCAACAAACCCAUCGCCCAUCACCUUCUCAACAGGCUGAAGGAAUGUGACGUGUGGGGUCAGAGCGAGGUGCUGAAGAUCCUCCAGCGCUACCAGCCUCAUUCCGACGACGAGCUCUUCGACAUCCUCUCCCUGCUGGAUUCCUCCUUAGUCAGCCCGCACCCUCCUGUGAUGGCCGCCACACUGAGCCUCUUCCUCAGCCUAUCUUCUGCCUUGCCUGCCGUCAGCCUGGCGGCCUUGGAACGGGUACAGGGCCCGCUACUGGCCGCCUGUGGGAGUGCGUCCAGAGAGAUGCGGUUCACUGCGCUGUGCCACAUCCAGUUGCUGCUGCGGUCUGUCCCUGGCCUGAUGGGGGCGCACUACAAGCGUUUCUUCUGUGGCUAUGCUGAGCCAGCUUUUAUCAAGCAAAGGAAGAUGCAGGUGCUGGUCGAGCUAGUGAAUGAUGAGAAUGUAGCGAUGAUUCUGGACGAGCUGAAGGAAUAUUGCACCGAUGUCAACACCGACACAGCCCAGGCCGCAAUAUCGGCUAUUGGUCGUAUUGGGAGGAGCUACAGUGACAGAUGUCUCAAAAUCCUCAUCGGCCUGCUUGGGCUCAAACAAGAGCACAUCACAUCCGCUGUGGUGCAGACGAUGCGAGAUCUGGUGUGGGUGUGUCCUCAGUGUAGUGAGACUGUGUGUUCUGCUUUGGAGGGCUGUGAGGAGACGCUACAGGACAGCCAGGGCAAGCAGGCCUUGCUGUGGUUCCUGGGAGCAUAUGGCGAUAGAAUCUCCAGCGCCCCCUACACACUGGAGGUGUUCAUUGACACUGUGAGGUGUGAGACGUCACCGGGGGUCAAGAUGGAGCUGCUGACCGCCUCUGUAAGGUUGUUUUUGUGCCGCCCUGCUGAGACGCAGGACAUGCUUGGAAGACUGCUGCACUACUGUAUAGAUGAGGAGACUGACAUGUGCGUGCGCGAUCAGGCACUUCUCUACUACCGCCUUUUACGAUGCGGGGUUGACGAGACACGCAAGGUCCUCCAGGGUCGGAGGUCCGACCCGUCCCUUGGCGUUCUUAUUGGCCGUCCCGCAGAGCCGCCAAGCCAGUGGGCUCACGCUUUCAACACGCUGAUGCCUCUCUGGCAGAACGCCGCUGGGACAGAGUCCGUCAACAGCGACGACGUUGAUCACAUGACCUCUGACCUCGCAGACCCCCUGGACACUGAAGUUGAAGGUGUUCCUGCAGACACACCUGCAGACACCUUGGCGACCAAGCCCCACCUCUCCUCUGUUGGUCUUCCAGAUACACCUGCAGACACCUUGGCGACUAGCGCUGUUGUCCCUCUUAGUUUGUUCCCGACACUCAGCGCUCAGGAGUUUGAACGUCUGUGGCUGCAAGGUGCAGAACAUGCUGAGGAAAAGUUGGAUUUUGUGUGCCGGACGGAACACCUCCAGGGUCCAAACGUGACCCGCGUUUCGCCACAAAGCCUUCAGGCCGCCUUGCAGCUGCUCAACAUCCACACGCUGGCCUUCACGCCGCCGCGCACGCUGCCAUGGCGGAUCUAUGUGUACACGCACACGGCCGCCGCGCCCCGCGCCACACUUGUCCUGGCGGAGCUGCUUUACCAGGAGGCGGGCGCACAUGCGGCUGCUGCAGACGGCGAGGACGAAGACGAUGCGGCGGCACUGGCCAAAGGCGAGGAGGAAGCCACAUUUGGAGGAGGUGAGACAGCGAGGGAAAUGGCAGAUGUGAAGGAAAUACAGGUGACUUUAAAGCAGCGGCCAAGAGACGACAACGCUCUGAAGAAUGUUCUCUCUGUGCUCUCGACUGUACUUCACACGCUGUCCUGCCAGACUCCUUAAAUUCUUUUUUAAUACCUUUGCAAAUAUACGCUUAAAAAAAACUCCAUGUUUGUAUGCUGCAUCGAGGGAUGGGAAAUGAUAAGUUUUAGUCAAUGUACAAACCCCGUUAGCAUUUGAGUUGGGAAAUUGUGUUAGAUGGAAAUAUAAACGGAAUACAAUGAUUUGCAAAUCCUUUUCAACCCAUAUUCAAUUGAAUGCACUACAAAGACAACAUAUUUGAUGUUCAGACUCAUAAACUCUAUUUUUUUUUGCAAAUAAUAAUUAACUUAGAAUUUCAUGGCUGAAACACGUGCCAAAGUAGUUGGGAAAGGGCAUGUUCACUACUGUGUUACAUUAAUCUUUUCUUUUAGCACUCAAUAAACGUUUGGGAACUGAGAAAACUAAUUGUUGAAGCUUUAAAAGUGGAAUUCUUUCCCAUUCUUCUUUUAUGUAGCGCUUCAGUCGUUCCAACAGUCCGCUGUCAUAUUUCACGCUUCAUAAUGCGCCACACAUUUUCGAUGGGAGACAGAUCUGGACUGCAGGCGGGCCAGGAAAGUACCCGCACUCUUUUACUACGAAGCCACGCUGUUGUAAUAUGUGGCUUGGCAUUGUCUUGCUGAAGUAAACAAGGGCGUCCAUGAUAACGUUGCUUGGAUGAUAACAUAUGUUGCUCCAAAACCUGUAUGGACCCUUCAGAAUUAAUGGUGCCUUCACAGAUGUGUAAGUUACCCAUGCCUUUGGCACUAAUGCACCCCCAUACCAUCACAGAUGCUGGCUUUCGAACAUUGCGCUUAUAACAAUCCGGAAGGUUAUUUUCCUCUUUCUUCCGGAGGACACCACGUCCACAGUUUCCAAAUAUAAUUUGAAAUGUGGACUCGUCAGACCACAGAACACUUUUCCACUUUGCAUCAGUUAAUAAAUGGGUUUGGCUUUGCAUAGUAGAGUUUUAACUUGCUGUUACAGAUGUAGCGACCAACUGUAGUUACUGACAGUGGUUUUAUGAAGUGUUCCUGAGUCCAUGUGGUGAUAUCAUUUACACACUGAUGUCGGUUUUUGAUGCAGUACCACCUGAGGGGGCUAAGGUCCGUAAUAUUAUCGUUUACGUGAAGGGAUUUCUCCAGAUUCUCUGAACCUUUUGAUGAUUUUACAGACCGUAGAUGGUAAAAUCCCUAAAUUCCUUGCAAUAGCUCGUUAAGAAAUGUUGUUCUGAAACUGUUCGACAAUCUGCUUACAAAGUGGUGACCCUCGCCCCACCCUUGUUUGUGAAUUACUUAGCAUUUCAUGGAAGCUGCUUUUAUACCUGUUCCCAAUAAGCCUACACACCUGUGGGAUGUUCCAAAAAAGUGUUUUGAUGAGCAUUUCUCAACUUUAUCAGUGUUUAUUGCCACCUUUCCCAACUUCUUUGUCACGUGUUGCUGGCAUCAAAUUCUAAAGUUAAAGAUUAUUUGCAAACAAAAAAAUGUUUUAUCAGUUCUAACAUCAAAUAUCUUGUCUUUGUAGCAUAUUCAACUGAAUAUGGGUUAAAAAUGAUUUGCAAAUUAUUGUAUUCU